AUGCAACAAGAAGGGAGUAAUAACGAAAUACGCGAUAAUGGUCAAUCUGAGCAAGAACAGAUAGAAAGUGAACAGCCUGGAGUUGACGACAGUAAUGAUCAAGACACAGAAAUAUUUGGUAUAUUAAUAACUGAAAUGGGUAGAGCAUAUGCCGAAUUUGAUGGAACGAACCCGCUAGAAAGACCACCAUUACCAAAGUUGAAGUCAUCUAGAAAGCUUGCUGUGGUAUUGUGUCAGUUAAAUAAACAGAUCCUGCCAGAGUAUCUAGCACACUCCAACUGUAUAGAACAACUUCACACACUGAUAUACUGUGCAGCUGUUGCAACAGUAAGAACACUUGGUGUCAAAAUGCCAACUCAAAAGAUUACUGAAAAUUCAGUAAAACCAAUAACACCAAAAUGGGAAAAACGUCUGGAAAGAAGAACGGCAGAAAUUCGCAGAGAUAUCGGACGUCUUACCCAAUUCACACGAGGAAUAACAACUCGAAAAGUCCGAAAGCAAGCUAUGGAAAUAAUGCAACGACUCCACCAUCAUUCUCACCAAGACGCAACUAACAUCAACGAGUGGCAAUGCCUUGAUACCUUGAAGCAAAAACUGUCCGUAUAUACUCAGCGAUUGAAAAGGUAUAAAGCGUCCAGUCACAGAAAGCACGACAAUGCGCUCUUUCAACGAUCCGAAAAGGCAUUCUACAGGAAACUGUCAUCCGAACCCCAGGAAAAGAGCAAAACGGUGCCCACAAAGGACCAAGUAGAGGAAUUUUGGGGCAAGCAGUUUGGCUCGACAGCUUAUUACAACAAGUGUGCAGGAUGGAUUACAGAUGAAGAAGCGAAGAGCCAUUAUUGCAAUCCCAUGCAGUAUAGGGCAUAUACCAAACAAGAAAUCGUGGAUAUCGUUAAGCAGUUGCAUAAUUGGAAGGCCCCGGGCCCAGACCAGAUUCAUGGCUACUGGAUAAAGAAGCUUUGGUACGGCUGUCAGGACUCCGAAACAAUACAGCACGUAACUGGUGGAUGCCAAGCAUUCGCUCCAACGGACUAUAAGGAGCGCCACGACAUAGCUGCCAAAAUCAUUCACCAGGAGUUGGCAUACAAAUUCAAACUGAUCGAAUGCAAGCUACAGUACUACAAAUAUACACCGCAAUGUGUCCUCGAGAACGACAAGUAUAAACUAUACUGGGAUCGCACUGUGCUUACGGACCAAUACAUAAAACAAAACAGACCUGACAUAAUCAUUGUCGACAAGGACGCCCAGAAAGUAACACUGAUUGAUGUGGCCAUACCUAAUAGUAACAAUUUAACAUACAAACAUAAUGAGAAAGUUGCAAAAUACAGGGAGCUAGAAUUUCAAAUUAAACGCCAGUGGAAAAUGAAGUACGUGGAAACAAUACCAAUAAUAAUGUCAUCUACAGGGGUGAUACCAAGAAGGCUGCUAGAAAACAUCAAAGCGCUGGAACUGAGUGAAAACAUUUACAAAAUCAUACAGAAAGGAGUUUUGCUGGCAACUGCCCGCAUAGUAAGAAAAUUUAUGGGAAAUGCAAGUACCUAG